AUGGAUGCCGUCAUAAAGGCAUUGUUGAUCGGACGCCCCAGGGACCCAAAACCAACAAGGAAGGAGACAAGCAAGAAAGACCCGGAGAAGAGGCCCUUGCUGCCGACGAGAAUUAAUGAAAUUACAGUGCUUGUCUGUUUAUUGAUCCUGUAUGAGAUUGCGGGAGUGGGUACGGGUAUACACUUACUAGAACAACCGGGGAACCUUUGGGUUACUUGGGCCAACCGCACAGGCCAGACAGAUUUUUGUCUCUCUACGCAGUCAGCCACUUCACCGUUUCAGACAUGUUUAGUCGGUGUCCCAUUAGAGAUCCAAGAACAGGAUUUCGAAGGGUACGUCUAUGAUACUAAUUGCACAGGAUUAGAGCAAGACAGACUCAUUAUGUCAGCUGGAAUUACGGGUAGCCUUAAUGAUAGUAUGACUCUUGGCUAUCGGAGAGUAAUUUGUUUACUAGCAAGGUUGAACGUCUCCCUCUGGAAUGACCCACCAGAGCUACAACUAUUAGGCUCCCAGUCCCCUAAUGUCACUAACGCCCCUAAUGCCACUGAUAACAUAGCCCUCAUGGCGGGAAACUGUAUAGGAUUCGCCCCAGAUUCAAACCCAGCCGGCAUCUACGGAUGGAGUCGUAGACAAGUGACGCAUGACUUCCAGACAAACCCGUGGUUUAACCCCUUUUUUGAUCCUAAAACCAACUCCUCAGAACAGUUCACAAUAGUAACAGCUGAUAGGCACACACUUUUCACGGGAGGGGGAUAUUGUGGUAGAUACGAGCACAGAUAUUGGGAGUUGUACAAUUGUACUAGUAUACAACCUCAGUGCCUCUACGCCGGUACAUCAUGGAACUACUGGUGCUCCUCCCCCAUCUACACCAUCUACACAUGCACAGUUCGGGGUCAGACUACACAAAGCUCACGCCCUCCCUGGAGAACGUGUGAGAGAAUGGGGGGCAGGUGGGUCAAUAGCUCGCAGCUCUUCAAUGUGAGUGAGUCCUUCAGUACAAGUGUACAGAUGUCCUGUGAGGGCGAGCGUCUUGGCAACGCCAGUGGAUGUUGUGGGGCGGCCGCUACAGUUCUCCCACCAGGGGCAUGGGCUAACUGUAAGAGCGGGGGUUUUACUAAACCAAAAGCGUUACCACCUGACAUUUUCCUCAUCUGUGGAGAUCGUGCGUGGCAAGGAAUUCCAAGCCGUCCGGUAGGGGGUCCUUGCUACUUAGGGAAGCUUACCAUGUUAGCACCUAAUCACAUGGAAAUCCUUAAAAUGCUCGCCAACACGCCCCGAGCAGCUGUGAGACAUAAACGAAGUAUAUCACGUUUGGACAGUACGUGCUCAGAUGAAGUACAGCUUUGGAGCGCCACGGCAAGGAUCUUCGCGUCCAUCCUGGCCCCGGGAGUAGCAGCUGCACAAGCCUUGAGGGAAAUUGAGAGACUGGCUUGCUGGUCCGUUAACAAUUUAACAACGUCACUCCUCGGAGAUUUGCUAAUGGACGUCACAAGCAUCAGGCACGCGGUCCUGCAGAACCGAGCAGCUAUUGAUUUCCUGCUUUUGGCUCACGGCCAUGGUUGUGAGGACGUCGCGGGAAUGUGCUGUUUUAAUCUUAGUGACCACAGUGAAUCCAUACAUAAGAAGUUCCAGCUUAUGAAGGAACAUGUUAACAAAAUCGGCGUGGAAAAAGACCCAAUUGGAGAUUGGCUGCGUGGACUGUUCAGAGGCAUAGGGGAAUGGGGUGUGCAUUUACUGAAGGGUCUGCUUAUGGGACUUAUGGUCAUCUUGCUUUUGUUAGUGUGCGCGCCUUGCCUUUUGCAAAUUAUGUUAAGCUGCACCCAGCGGAUGAUUGACCGCACAAUUAAUUACCGCAUAGAGUAUAAGAAAAUGCAAAAAGCUUGCAGAGAAGCAGAGAACGCAAUUGGAUAAGAUCUUCCAUGCAGUGGAGGGAACAAGUUUGUAUUAGGCGAAGUACGAAAAGGGUCCCUCCAUUGCCUCGUUUGUUCACCAUAAGGUUAGGAUUAGAAUUACUCUGCGAAUCGGGAUGUAACGGGGCAAGGCUUAACUGAGAGGACAAUGGCAUGUAUAGGCGUAAUGCGGGGAUUUUGGGUGUACGCGAUUAGGGUCCUCUCAGGUUGUAGUGGGUUAGCUUGUGCAUAGGGAGGGGGAAAUGUAGGCGGUGGUUACAGAAGAUUCCGCCCACAAGUAGUUGCCUGUAGUAACCAGAUAAGGAAGUAGUAACGCAAGCGCUUACGUAGAAUGAGAGGGGCGUAGACGAAGCUGUGCAAGGCUAUAUAAGCUCCUGUCGCGAUCAAA